CCCCUCCCCUCGGCUGCUCCCGUUCCUCGCCGCCUCUCCUCUGCUUCUCUCCCCCAGCAGCAGCAGGGAAGCUUCCCCCGGAGACCCCUCGGAAAACCAUCUUGGAGGAGGAGAGCAGAGCCCGGGCUGCCCUCGGUCCUGACAGGAGGACACGGGGAAGAGGACCCAACCUCAGCCUCCUGUGGGACACAGCCCCGAGAUGCAGCCCGUGCCCCUCCACAGCCUUUCCGAGCUGGAAAGAGACAGCCUGCAGGAGAUUGCCCUCUUCCAGCUGCAGGAGAAGCUGCUCGUGGGGAAGCUCAGCCUGACCAAAGAUGGGCCAAAGGGCAGCAAAUCCAUCCGCCAGAAACUGGAGAGCUUUUCAAAGGAGAAGAAAGACUGCUCUCCUCAGACUUUCGGGAUCCCCCUCUCCCAAGUCAUCGCCAACGACCGAGCCCAGCGGCAGCUGCAGGAGGCGGUUCGGAGCCGCCGGUUCUGCCUGGAGGUGGAAGCCACCGUCACCCGGUUCCGGGCUCAGCGGCAGAAGAAGCCCCCGGUGGGCAGGAGCCUGGGGCCCUGCGGGGGGGUCUCGGAGGAGCCCCUCUCCCCGACCUUCCCCGGCAGCAGCUCCUGGAGCCAGCGCAGGGGGGCAAUGUCCGUGGACUCCAUCGCUGACCUGAGUGACAACACUUCCAAGCUGCUGGAGGCUCUGCAGUUGUCCCACCCCCACGAACUGGAUCCACGGAGGAGCCUGGGCAAAAAAAAGAUGUUGAGCCUCAACCCUAUCACCUGGCAGGUCCCACGGAUCGUGGACAGAUGCUGCAAACACAUUGAAACCCAUGGUCUCCAAACUGAGGGCAUCUUCCGGGUGGGGAGCUCCAAGAAAAGAGUUCAGCAGUUGCGGGAGGAGUUUGACCAAGGGUUGGAUGUGUUCUUGGAUGAGCACCAGAGCGUUCACGACGUGGCUGCUCUGCUGAAGGAGUUCCUGCGGGACAUGCCGGAUCCCCUGAUCCCCCGGGAGCUCUACUCAGCCUUCCUCAGCACGGCCACCAUGGAUCUGGGGUCCCAGCUGCUCACCCUCCAGCUCCUGCUCUUCCUGCUGCCCCCAUGUCACAGUGCCACACUCCACCGGAUCCUCUGCUUCCUCGGGGAGGUGGCCCAGCACGCCCAGGGCUCCCAUGGCCCCGAUGGUCAGCAGAUUCCUGGGAAUAAAAUGACAGUUUUGAACCUGGCCACGGUCUUUGGUCCCAACAUCCUGCAGAAGGAGAAGCCUGGGGAGAAGGAGGUUGGUGCCAUCAGCUUUGAGGACAGUGCUGCCAUCAUCCUGGUGCUGCAGAGGCUGAUUGAGCACCACCAGGCCUUGUUCAUGGUCUCUGCAGACAUGCAACGUGACAUCCUCAGGAGGCUGUUCCAGACAGACCCCGAUGCCAUUGAGCACCUCCUGCGCAGGAAGUUCCGCUCCGUGCCGAGCACAGAGCACGAGGGUCCAUCAGGGGAGCAGAGCUCAGCCCCCCUGCCCGGGAUGCCCCACGGCCUGGGGAGCAGCAGCUCAGUCUCAUCACAGUUGUACAGCAACCUCUCCUUCCUCAACCUGGACGUUGGGCUCUAGGGAAGCCUCUGCCCUGCCUGCUCUGCUCAGCACGGGGCAAUCUGACCCCGGACAA